AUGAUUACUGAGACAUGGUGCACUCCUCAGAUUUGCGAUAAAGAUAUUUCUAUUGAUAACUAUUAUGUAUUCAGAGGCGACAGAAACUAUGGUAGAGGAGGAGGAUGUGCUAUGUAUAUCAGGUCUGAUAUUAAGGCCACACAGUGCUUCUACCCAGAGCUCAUCACAGAUAACGAUUCAGUGUGGGCUAUUCUAAGACUGUCUCACUCCAGUUCCUAUCUUAUAGGUUGCAUCUAUCACCCCCCGUGCUCAACCGUUGAAGGUAAUAUGAAGCUUGCUAGCACGUUCGCUUACGCCACUUCACUACCUCACACGGCUAAAAUUAUAUGUGGGGACUUUAAUAUGCCCGAUGUAGUCUGGCAACCACUUUCCUCACCAAAACGGUACAAUGAAUUUAUCAACAUAAUAGAAACAAAAGAAUGGCAACAACACGUACAGUAUCCUACCAGGCUAUCUAAGAUUUUAGAUCUAGUUUUCACUAAUGGUAUCAUCCCCACUACCCUUCGAGUAGGUAAAGAGUUUCCUGGCAGCGACCACAGAGUAGUAUUCGGUACAUUUAAUAUUUGCACUAGCAUGAGUUCGACAAUAAACGCCAACAAAGUAUUACUCAGGGGUUACAGACAUGCUCAGUGGGAUGAACUGAAACCAUACAUACGCACCCUAGACUGGGAGCCAUACUUUACGUGCAGCUCGGCUAUAGAGACAAACAAAUUACUCUAUGAGAACCUAGGAUUUGCACAUGACUUCAUCGCUCCAGUAAGACUUGUGAAAACGAGGCCUAAACAGCCCGACUUCAUCCCCGUAAAGAUUCGAAACCGACUGCGUAAGCAUGCUAGGCAAUUCUACAGAUAUAAUGACUUUUCAUCACUCAUUACACUCAAGCAAACUUAUGAUUCAUACAAAUCUAAUCAGUUAUCUGAGUCCAUCAAACUAGAACGCAUCCUCCACUCACGACCUGAUAAUACAGAGGCAUUAGUUAAACUAAUUAAGUCACGAAUCAACAACAACAGAAUAAGUAUCCCUAACUUAUUACUAGAUGGAGAAAAACUACACGAAGACCCGCAGGAGAUAUGUGAGUUAUUCAGCUCCCACUUUUCUAGCUACUAUACUAUCGAAGAAACAGUAGAUAGUCUUGAAGUUCCGACAAUACCAAAUCACUUUUUGGGUAAUAUAACAUUCACCCAACAAAAGAUUUCCUCCGCUAUAGCAUCCCUCCGGACAUCAUAUAACGCUGGGCCCGAUGGAAUUCCAUCUAUCUUGUUGAAAAGAGGUGGUGAGGAUAUACCCAUUAUCCUACUAAAGUUUUUCAUUCUGUCCUUAAAUAAUGGCAGUUACCCAGAAUGCUGGAAACUGUCGUUUAUAACCCCUAGGCACAAACAAGGACCAACUUCUAACAUCGAAAACUACCGACCGAUUAAUAUCACGUCAGUAGUUUCCAGGGUUAUGGAAAAGGUUAUAGGGCAAGAUAUUGCUUCAUACCUCCACCUUCACAAAGUGUUUACUCCAGCACAACACGGCUUCUUGAAAAAUCGAUCAUGCUCCACCUGCCUACUUGACUACUUUGAUGAUGUUACCGCUAAGCGUGAUCAUGGUUUGUAUGUCACAACUCUCUUCUUUGACUUCAAAAAAGCCUUUGAUAAAGUCCCACACAAGAGACUAAUCCUUAAGCUAAAGUCGUACGGGUUCCAAGACCCCUUGUUAUCCUGGCUCAUUUCUUUCUUGGAAGAUCGUUCCCAAGUUGUGAAAUUUGCAAAUAAUUACUCGUCACCCAGACCUAUAAGAAGUGGAGUGAUUCAGGGUAGUGUACUAGGUCCACUGCUUUUCGUAAUCUACAUUAACGACAUCUGCAGCGUAAUCAAGCAUGGUACCCCAUACCUCUUUGCUGACGACUUAAAGAUUGUAUACAGCUUCCCCCAUUCUACACUAAACGAAGGAUUCACACAUAUUCAAGAUGAUCUGGAUAGGUUACAUAACUGGAGCAAUGACUGGCAACUGCCAUUCAAUUCUGAUAAAUGUGGUGUCCUAUAUUUCAAUAACUCCCAUCCGAAUUUCAGGUUACACCUAGGUAACUCUUUUCUCCAAACCCUCAGUUCCAUAAAAGACCUGGGAGUUACCUACUCACAAAACUUAACAUUCAGUCAGUACGCAAAAGCACUUGUUUCUAAAUGCCGAAGACUCACAGGCUUGUUGCAUCGAAAAAUGUACACAAAUGA